CGGCGGUGAGGCGUCAGGCCGGGCCGGGCUCGGAGGGGCGGGUUGGACGGGGCCCGGCGGGGCUUGGCGGCACCGCGGGCUCCUCGGUGUUGCUGGCAGCCCCGCAGGAGCGCUGCUGAGCCCGCUGCCUGCUCCGAGGAACCGCCGGCAGAACGAUUCCCGCUCUCGGAAACUGAACGAACGUAAUGACUGCGUUGGAUGAUAAACUGCUGGGCGAGAAGCUACAGUAUUAUUACAGCAGUAGUGAGGGUGAGGAUGAAGACAGCGAGAAGGAAGACAAAGAAGGGGAGAGCUCCAUUCCCGACAGCGUUGGGGAGGUAGAGCUUAGCAGCGAUGGCAGUGCAGUCAACACAGGUCCAAAAGGAGUCAUUAACGACUGGCGAAGGUUUAAACAACUGGAGACAGAACAGAGACAGGAGCAGCGCAGAGAAAUGGAGCGCCUCAUAAAGAAGUUGUCUAUGACGUGUAGAUCUCACUUAGAUGAGGAGACUGAUAAGCAAAAGCAGAAAGAGCUUCAGGAAAAAAUCAAUGGAAAGAUGACGUUACAAGAAUAUAACAUGAUUCACAAUGAUGAAGAUGAUGAGGAAUUUUUACAGCGAUACAGGAAGCAGCGAAUGGAGGAGAUGAGACAGCAGCUGUACAGUGGGCAGCAAUUUAAGCAGGUCUUUGAGAUUAGCAGCGGAGAAGCGUUUUUGGACACGGUUGAUAAAGAGCAUAAGAGCACUCUGAUCAUGAUUCAUAUUUACGAAGAUGACAUCCCUGGCGCUGAAUCCCUGAAUGGCUGCAUGAUCUGUCUGGCUGCUGAGUAUCCAACAGUUAAAUUUUGCAGAGUAAAGAGUUCCCUCAUUGGUGCCAGCGCUCGCUUUACCAGUAAUGCUCUGCCAGCUUUGCUGGUCUAUAAGGCAGGGGAGCUUAUUGGCAAUUUUGUGCGGAUCACUGACCAGCUUGGAGAAGAUUUUUUUGCUGUUGAUCUGGAGGCUUUUUUGCAGGAGUGUGGUCUGCUUCCAGAAAAAGACCUAGUGCUCCUGACUUCUAUACAUAAUCCAUCUGCGUGUUACAGUGAGGACAGUGAUCUGGAAAUAGACUGAACCUCUUACACCAGGGGGCCAGUAGGUGUAGCUGUACUGUGGGAUGUUCUUGUGCUAGGGGUUGUUCCCUUACUUUCGUAGUGUGGGUAUGUUGUUCUCCUCCAUGCACUUGGAUUUUUGCUUGUUAAAAUUUUGUUCAAAAUAAUUUAAAGCAUUCCUAACGUUUUCUUAAAUUAACUCAGUGGGCUACAUGUUAAAAUGUAUUUUACUAAGCAUGAAGUUCUAACGCAAUUCAGUAAUGAAGUUUUUAGGCAUCCAUGUCUUUUAUUAACCUGAAAUUGAACUGCUGCCAGUGAGUUAACACAGCAAGGUCCCAUCUUCCAUUCUGCAGCUUUCAGUCCCAUUCUUGGAACUGUCGUUCUAACAGUUGACAUCAAAUUUUGGUUUAGUACUCACUUGCAAAUAACAACAACUUGAUCCUGAAAACUGCUUUUCAGCUGGAGAGGGCUCUUCUUUCUUUAACCUGAGAGUCUGAGACUUAAAUGGGAAAAUCUUCCUUCUGGUACAGCUCUUGAAACAUACGUAGGUUUUAAAAUACCUACCACUGGAGUUCAUGACAGUCACUUCAGCAGAAAAUAAUCUCUGCCUCUUCAGAGACAGAGAACCAAUAUACGUCCUGCAGAGCAUCAAGGAGAGUUUUGUUGGCAAAAUGCAGAACUGGGACUUACUAGCCUCAGGAUUUUUAAUAGCUCUGAAAUCCUCAAAACUUAAAUAAGUGCUGAUGUUUGUCUCUAUCUGUCUGCACAUUGCCUGCUUAAGCUGGGUCUUGAGAUACAUUUUGAAUAUUAAUAAUCCCUGGACCUGACAGAUGACUGGAAGGCUUUGUGGGAAGUGAGCCCUGGGCCAGUGGACAAGCUCCUGAACGGGAGCUCCCUUAUCUGAAGCUCAGUACGUGGUUUCUGCACAGUCUUUGGCAGAAUCAGAAGCGUUGCCACUGUCCUGUUUUUCCUCCCUCUGGGAGCAUGGGGUUUUCUUGUACAGUGCAUCAGCAGAGUUCCCUGGCAGAGAAGAUGCUGUGGAGUUGAGGUGAAAGCAUUGUAGCUGUGAAAGUUGCACAGUGACACUGGUGACUCUUUCUCCAAAAACUGUGGACGCAGAUUAAAAGCCAAGCAGUGCUGGCUGAGCCCAUUUGUCUUUUCAGUAAGUUAUUGCUCCUGAAUGCUGUGUAUUGCGCUUCCCUUCUGCAGCAAGUUUGUUAUCAUUUGUUAGUGAUUAUGUUGUUAUUAAGUGUGUUUGUUUUGUUUGUGCUCCACUUACUUUAUAGGUAGUGAUACUGGGAAGUAACUGAAGUAAUUUCCAGGGUUUCUACUGCAUUUGCAGUUCACCCUGCUUCCAGCAAGUCUAGCACUUUGUAGCUGUGACAUAAGCAGCAUUAGAAACCAUUAGCAGUGUGUAGUGAAUGCAAGCAUGGAAACCUCCAGUGAUGCAGAGCAGGGCCAAGGCUUUGCUGGCCAGAUGACGGUGUAAUCUCCCUGCACCUCCUGCAGAUGAGCACGCUGAAUGUGAGCACUGUGUACUUAGUUGUUACUGAAUUACAUCUCCUGGACACUUAAUUGGAUAUUAUGUUUGCUUUCUCACACGUGACUUAUUGUGUUUGUUAUUUAAUUUUGAGGGAAGUAGACUGUCCUUACGUAAAUAUGAUGUAAUGCUAUGUUUAAUGAUUACAUUCAAUUGCAAGUUUUAUGUGAGGCGCUUCGGAGCACCAGGGAGAAGUGCAAAAAUUUCCUUGUAAGCAUUAGGUUCAUAGUAAGAAUAGAUCUUAGGACAAGGAUAAGCAUUUAUGGUUGUAUGUAUUCAAACUAUUUUUAAAAGUAGUAUAAGCAGACGGGUAAAUAAUUUGUAAUUAAAAAUAGCUGAAAGAGCAUUUGUAGCUGUUUUAAGGAAAGUGGCAGAAAGCCAAAGUUUAAAAUGUAGUGAGAGAUUCGGGUUACUUGAAAUUAAGUCAGAGUGUGGGUAUCCUGCAUUUCAGAAAAAAAAGUCACACCAACCAUGAUUUGUAUUCAGGAUGAGAUUCAGUCAGUCUGCAGUGCAGACAGGCACAUGUUAGCACCACAGUAGAAGCUGGUUUGAAGGGGGAAGAGCUGAGUCUGAGUUACUUUGAAGUUUUAUUUGUACCAAGCAGGGGUUGAGGCCCAAGGCUGUAAAGCUGCAGCAGGAUCAGAACCUCUCCUGCUGCUCCAUCUGAUGGCCUGCAGCAAGGUGACUGAGUCCUGGUUAUGAGGUUUUGGUGCUGAGGUAUGAGACAGAUGGUUUCUGCUGCCUUAGCAAAAGGGGGGAAAAAGACGUGUAAGAGAAGCCUGAAUCCAAUUCAUCAUUGAUCUGAAAGAAAAGAAGGAGCACAAGGGCGAAGAGGGGUAAGGAGAAGAUGUGUGUUUGCUGCUGAGAAGCAGGGCUGGAGUGCUGCUGUUGCUUUUGCCUGUUCCUGAAGCUAAAUCCUUCCAAACUGACCAGCCAGUAGUUCUGUGCCCCCAAACCCAGCAUUCUUACUGCAUGCAAAGCAGCAUAGCAGAGUAGAACAGAUUUUAGGAUAGGUUUGUUAUCAAUUUGUUACUGUCCAUUCAAUACAAAUUAGAACUUCAGCUCACUAACACUGUAUCUGUAAAUGUUUUAGUUGAAGUGUUAAAGUCUGCUUUAUUUAUCUUAAUUUAAAUGAGGUCCUUACCUGCAGAUUAAAAACUGGAUUGUAUAUGCAUAUAUAUAUGCACAUUAUAGAUAUAUAUGCAUUAGAGAAUGGAAAUUAAAAUGAAAUUGUAUCAACACGUCCCUACAAUAAAAGUUUUGAAACAUUCUGGUUUGGCCGUGAGCGUCAGGAUUUGGGUUUGAGGCAGAUGCCUCUCCUUGCCUCCAAGCUGUUGUGUUCCAUCACCGUCAGAACUCCACUUUUAUUGAUGCAUUCCUACUAAAUUGCUUGACUUUGAAUAAAGGAAGUCUUUUAAUAUUGCCAAA